GACGACGAGCCGAUCGCAAUUCGUGCACUCGUCGUUCCAAAACCCACUCAUCGACUACUUACCGUUGCGAUGCCGUCAAAACUAUCUGCGCAAGGAAACACCAUUCCACUUCUGAUGCAUUCAGCACCGGCUUCAGUUUUGAUCGGUGUUGAUCAAAUGAACGAAGUGAUAAACCUGUUAUCCGUGAAGAAACUACCGUCUGGUUUCACCCUCUUAGAAUCUCGUCUGGGAAUGGUAUUAAAUGGCAGAGUGAAACAAUUUUGGAAACUGGAACUCAUGGGUAUUACUGAAAAUCCUACAAUCACUGCUGACGAUGUUGCCAUACAGAAAUUUCGAGAAGGCACCAAAUUCAACGAUGGUAGGUACUAUAUUCGCUGGCGAUGGAAAGAAGGCGAACGAUUACUGCGGGAGACGGAAUGUCAAACUGGAAAGGCAACNACCAAUGCUGUCAAGGAACGAUCAUCCCAGCAUAUUUUCGCCACCCAUCCCAAUCGUGACGACAAAUUUCUGAUCCCCGGACAACUUCCGCGGUCGGGAGUGUCGUGA